AUGCGAUUGUACAAAAGGAAGCCAGGCCCAAGCCUGCUGGCCUGCAACUUCAAAAGAACUACACCUCAUCCCACUUCCUAUCUGAUAUCUCUCCAGGAGACCAGUCUCAACAACAUUGUUGAUCAGCUGUGCACAAGACUCCAAGAUAUUAAAGAUCAAGAAAGUGCGUCUCUAAUAGGUAUGCCCACUUGUUCCUUAGAACAAAACGAGGCUGUUCGUCGUUAUUACGCUGCAUUCCCGGCUCUGAAGAAAGCGCAAGAGUCGCCAUUGCAGUAUUACUUACCUCCGCCAGCUUGGUGUCGUAAAAACGACACGAAAGUCAAAAUGCAGAGUGAUUUGAUCAUUUCAAAAGAUUGGAAUUGCAAAAACAAGAAAGUAACUUUGGGCAAGGAACGGCGGAAUUCUUAUCACGGCCAAAAGAAGAACAGCAGAAAGCGUUUCAAUAGUUAUAGUCGUUCUUUUGAAAGCAAGGAAAGUAUGCCAGAGUGGAUGACUCACGAAGGAGUUUGGGACAUUGAAACUCAAGAUCCUGUAAAAGAAUUUAUCCGUGCAAUUGCUUUGGAUGAGGGCUAUGGUACUUGUGAAAACACAGUCACUGAUGAAAUUAAAGAGAUUACGCAAGCAAAGUUAAGGUUAAAUGAAAAUAUGGUACCUGAUUGGGAUGAUAGUCUAGAUCUUGAUACGGAAUGGGUUAUUACUGAUGAUCUGAAUCCACCAGCAAAAAGCCCCAUGGACGAAGAAAUAUAUGCUAAAUUUGAGGCAAAAUUUGAUCACAGUCUAGAGGCACUAUGGUCAAAGGAUCAAAAUACUCCUGAUGAUGAGUAUCAAGAUUUGCCAAUCGAUUUUCAAGAUCUGUUAUCGUCUCCUUCUGACCAUUUGUUCGCCGAUCCGUCCGCUGAAAAGAAUAGUUUGAUAACAGAAAGUAUAUGGUCCACUAGCAUCGCAGUUACUCAGCCAAAGAUAGAAUCGCCUUCGAAAAUAGCUGAGGGCUUACACGAUCGUCUUCGCCCUUUAAACAUCAGAGAUCCAGAAUGUCCUCGAGAAUUGGAGUCAUUUACCCUUUAUGAGGGAGAAGAACUCUACGAUGCACUGUCUUCAGUUGCCAAAACCAUGCGAUCUUUUACUGCCAUCAACCAUAGUCGCGAUCGAAGUGGCUUUGUAGAAGUUCCGCCACGACUGCGCCGGGACCGUAUUUCCGCUGCCCCUCUGCGUCCUCCGCCUUUUCGAUCUAUCCCGCCGCCUGAAGUCGACCGCGAAGAUCCGCUAACUUCUUCGCGAACUCACUUCCGUCCGAUCCGCCGUGAACCAGAAACAGAGGCAACUCGCUAUGCCGACGGCGAUACGUUCGACAUUCGCGGCGAUUACGAUCCGGUCGAAUUUAAGCGCAGCGAGUCCGGCAGUGUCUAUCUCGAGAACACUCAUGAACGCUAUCUGGAAUACCGCGCCACAAACACUAUAGACUACGGCCGACUUAACCUCGGUGCCUCUCAACGUCGCCGAGAAACAAACGACUUGGGAUUCAAGCUACGAUUCCCGAUGCGCCAAAUCGAUACGGCAGUACAGACCGAGCGCAGUAGUGACGCUUGGGCGUGCGACGAGUGCGGUGGAUCUGCCAAAAAAAUGCGGCCGAGUGGGAUCGAGAGCAUUUGGAGCGACGCGUGCGUCUGCGAGUGUGCAGUGGAGCCGGUGCCGAGCAGCGUGCCCGUGCCGCCGGAGGAGUUGUCCCGCGAUUGGGAAGAGUUAUUGUCCGACAUAAGCGCCGCGCACAGAAUGUACGCGAACGACGCGGAGACGGAUCUAGGCGUGAUAGGGGACGAUUCGUUCGUGAGUACUGACCGCAAACGACGACACAGUGCGGCCCUGCGCUGCGGCGCACCGCCCUCGGGCCUGUGCACGCACCCGCACGCGCGCUUUUUGCACUGCUGCGUACCCGCAGUCGACCGCCCUCUCACUCGUUAA